AAACCCUAGUAAAGGAGGAGCGGCAGCGGAGAGAAUAUCCAGGCGCCACCAAAAAUCCCACAGAAAUGGUGAAGUUCCUCAAACCCAAUAAGGCCGUAGUCCUCCUCCAGGGCCGCUUCGCCGGCCGUAAGGCCGUGAUCGUGCGCUCAUUCGACGAUGGUACACGUGACCGCCCCUAUGGCCACUGCCUCGUUGCCGGCAUCGCCAAGUACCCAAAGAAGGUGAUCCGCAAGGACUCGGCCAAGAAGACCGCGAAGAAGUCGAGAGUCAAGGCCUUCAUCAAGCUUGUCAACUACAACCACAUCAUGCCCACUCGCUAUACUCUCGAUGUAGACCUCAAGGACGUUGUCUCUCCCGAUGUGCUGCAGUCAAGGGAUAAGAAGGUGACGGCUGCCAAGGAGACUAAGAAGAAGCUCGAGGAGCGGUUCAAGACUGGCAAGAACAGGUGGUUCUUUUCCAAGCUCAGGUUCUAAGUUGUUUAUUGUUUUUCUGAAAAAGAUAGAGAUUUUGAUUGUAUUUCGAGUUGAGAGGGUUUUUUGGGGAUUUAUUUGAUGGAUCUUGUUGAUGAAUUCAUCUGGGAUUUGAAGAUUUUGAUUAUUACUUGAAAUGCAUUUUUGUGUUUUAUAUA